AUGAAGAAAAAUAAACUCAAUAGCGGAGCUGAUAAGAAAAACACAAUAAAAGUAGAAGAGAAGCAAUCGGAACAGUCUGAGCAGACCCCUGUUAAGGCUGAUUCAUUGGACGAUGAAGAACAAGGUUUUGGUGGAUGGUUGAGAUCGUCGGACGGCCUGGAGACUAUGAAAUUAUUUGUAAUAGCAAACAGUAUCGUGAUGCUCACAACGCUCGUAUACCCACACAUCCAGGUUGUCUUCGAGAUCGUUUCAGAAAUGAUUUUUGGUACGGACCUUGUGUACGAAGAUUGA